AUGGCUGUCUCUGGCUUUGAAGGGUUCGAGAAACGCUUGGAGCUCCAUUUCUUCGAUGACGAUCCAGCCAUCUUCCAACUGGGUCUAAGAAAACUCGACUUUGAAUCACUAGAACAAGUCCUAGAAGCUGUCCAAUGCACUGUUGUUUCAGCAGUUGGCAACUCUUACUUUGAUGCCUAUGUUCUAUCAGAGUCAAGCCUCUUCGUUUACCCAACCAAGAUCAUCAUCAAGACUUGUGGAACAACCCAACUUCUCAAAUCCAUUCGUCCCUUGAUCCACCAUGCUCACCGCUUAGGCCUCACUCUCUGUUCAUGCCGCUACACCAGAGGAAGCUUCAUCUUCCCCAUGUCACAGCCUUUCCCUCACACCAGCUUCAAGGACGAAGUCACCUACUUGCAAGACACCAUUCCCCAGAAUCUCUGCUUCAGAAAAGCUUCCAUCAUGCCCUCUAAAUCUUCUUCACACUCGUGGCACGUUUUCACUGCCAACAGUAACUCUCACUCUCACACUCCCAUGCCUUACGAUCAUGACAAUGAGUUAUUCACCAUGGAGAUCUGCAUGACCGAGCUCGACCCCAUCCUCGCCCGAAAAUUCUUCCGCCCACCCGAGGACGGAAAAUCCGGCGACUCUGCCGGGAAGGAGAUGACGGAGCUCACGGGGAUCAACGAAAUCAACCCACACGCACUUAUCUGUGAUUUCGCGUUCGACCCGUGUGGCUAUUCCAUGAAUGGGAUGGACGGAGAUUGGUACUCCACCAUUCACGUCACUCCUGAGGACGGUUUCAGCUAUGCAAGCUUUGAGUGUGUCGGUUCCGUUAACGACAACAUAGGACACGUGUUGAGGAAGGUGGUUCAGAUUUUCCGACCUGGUACUAUGUCCAUAUCCACCACGAGCAAUGGCUACGGCAACGAAAUAUGGACGCAGAUGGCGAGUGCGGUGGAGCCUCUCGGGUUCAAAUGCAGGAGUUGCGCAAUGGACCAGUUCCCUGCAGCGGGUACAGUUGUGUUUCAAACGUUCAUGCCUCGCCGGAAAGUGUUUAAAGCUGGUGGCGGUGGUGGUGGCGGUGGCAGUGACGGGGAAAGAUGA